GACUAAAGAAACCAGGAAGUGCUGUGAAUCUGAUAAAGUGAGAAGUGUACAGAGAGGAAAGGACAGAUUAGCUUGAGCGUUCUUGCAGAGUAGCACAUGAGCACCAAGGCUCUAGUCGGCUCUACUCUUACUCUUUUUCUCUGUUGGGACAUGUCAGGCAGUGAAAUUCAGCAGCGCCAUCCUGGGAAGUGAGACUUAAAGGCUUUCUCUACUCGCUUACAUGCAAGUCUAAUUUGCUUUCAAGGACCUGUUGCUACACUUUAAUUGUAGUGAGUUCCCACAGUAUGGCUUCAGGUGGAGGACCUGGGCUCAGCAGUCCUUUCAUGUCUUAUCUUCGCAGGGGAAGGCGCAUGUUGAGCAAGGUCUGCAAAGAGCUGGAGAAGCUACAACGGUCUUGCCAGAACCCAAAAGUGGUCCUAAGGAACAGCCCCCCAUACCUACUGGAACUGAUCCCUGACACCUUGCAGCAUCUACAGACCAUCACCAAGCAGUCGGAGCAACGGCAGGAUGACCUCUGGGAGGAAGAGUACUUUGUAAUUUAUCUGACAAAUCUGUUCAAUAAGGCCCAGCAAGCCAACAGGCUGUUCAAGGAAGGGAAGGAGAAAAUGUUUGAUGAAAACUCCAUACCGAGGAAGAAUCUUACCAAACUGUCUCUAAUCUUUAGUCACAUGCUAGCUGAAGUGAGGGCUCUUUACCCAAGAGGGGAGCACCAGGGAAAUGUCUACAGAGUGACAAAGAGUGAAGCAGCUGAAUUCUGGAAGCGCUGCUUUGCAGAACGGUGCAUCGUCAGCUGGCAGCAGUUUAAAGAGCAGCUGUGUCGAGUUCAUUUUUUCCAAGAUGGAUUAGAAUCCAUGGCACUCAAAUCAACUAUUGACCUGACCUGCAAUGACCACAUCUCCAUCUUUGAGUUUGACAUCUUUACAAGACUCUUUCAGCCUUGGCCAACUCUUCUGAAAAAUUGGAACCGACUGGCUGUUACUCAUCCUGGAUAUAUGGCCUUCCUCACAUAUGAUGAAGUGAAAAGCCGCCUGCAGGCCUACAUCAACAAACCAGGGAGCUACAUUUUUCGUCUGAGUUGCACUCGAAUGGGUCAGUGGGCAAUCGGCUAUGUGACACAGGAUGGCAGCAUCUUGCAGACCAUUCCCCACAAUAAGCCACUGUUUCAGGCACUGAUGGAUGGAUUUAAGGAGGGCUUCUACUUGUACCCUGAUGGUCGCAGCUGCAAUCCUGACCUGUCCUGUUUGAACAAGCCAUCCAAUCAAGAUCGUAUUCAAGUGUCACGAGAGCAAUAUGAGCUCUACUGUGACAUGGGCUCUACUUUCCAGCUAUGUAAGAUUUGUGCUGAGCAAGAUAAGGACGUGAAGAUUGAGCCCUGUGGACAUCUCAUUUGCAAUGGAUGUCUAAAUGCCUGGCUUGAGUCAGAUAGCCAGACCUGUCCUUUCUGCCGUUGUGAGAUCAAAGGAAUGGAGCCAGUGGUGAUUGACCCGUUCAGGCCACUGAAAGGAUUCAGUGUGUCACACGACCAUGAUGAUAAUGAUGAUGAAGAUGAUAUGGAGGAUGUCCAGCAGGUCAUGAAAAAACUGGAGACACUGAGGAAGAUUCCCACCUCAUCCUCCUCCUCCAGUCUGUCAAGCCAGCCACCUGGUCCUCCUGUGCCACCUCGCUUAGACUUGCUAUCUUCUCACAUUCCAGCUGUGGGUCAAAGGGCAAACCCCAGCUCUAUCAGCUUAGACCAGCCUACGCGACAUCGAGACCCUCCAUGUUUACCUAGAAGACCCAUAUCUCCAGCUCCUCCUUAUCAGGAACCAAUUUACUCAACACAGCUUCCAGAGAUGUCAGUUCAGCCUGUCACCUCAGACACUACAAGGCUGACCACACCCACACCUGCCACAAGGAGGAUCAACCCGCCACCAGUGAUGCCACGUUCACCUGUACCUCGUCGCAACUUAAUUGCCACAGACCUUAUGACCAGACGAAUAAACAGCUCUCCGGUUGUAAAUGAACAUUUGAUCUAUGAUAAUCAGAACCCCAGACUAAAUACCAGCAGUUCUUUGGAAGGGGUUUCUUCUAAACAACACUUCGUAGUGGGUGAGCGUUCCAGCAGUGAAGACGAUGAUAGUGGAGGAGGUGCCUACCCUUUCUAUGGAAAAGGGUCUUCACUUGGCAACAACCACCAGCAUGUUCUCCAAAGCGCUGCCAGCACUUUGGGCACCAACAUUGACUGGAGCUCAGUUUUCAAAUCAGAGUAUCAUGUCUACCCCGAUGAACAAUCAGGUUCUGGGGUCCAAGUAAAUGUACAGGACAGAGGAACAGAAGAAGCUCGCAUUUCAGAUGAUGAAGCAACAGCAUUGCUUCUGAGAGAGGGUUUUCCAUAUGAUGAGGUAGUGAAGGCACUCAGCAUAACUCACAACAGCAUUCAUCUGGCAAGGGUCAUACUAUGCUCCUUCAGCCGAAGUCAGAACAGGCUGCUGAACAGAAAUAAUCCAAAAGCCAAUGAUUACUAGAA